CUUUUUGUUAGGUGAGAACGAAGAUAAACUCCCUUUUUUAUGUUUACUGUUUACAUUCAUUCCACCAAGUGUUUCGUCUUAUUGUCAUUGCUUUUUGUUUUUUAUUUCAACUUUUCAUUAAUUCUUCUCAUCCAUCUUCCAAAGCAGACUUCUUACCCAUUAAGGAUCUGUCUUUUAAUUAUUAUAUGAAAGUUAGGGAUUUUGAUUGAAAAAGUCAUACCCUUUUCUCUCUUAUAUAUAUAGAGUAACAUAUACAUAAAAUAGGCACCGGAAGAAAUGGGUUCGUAUGGAAAGUUAGCAAGAAGGGCUGUGGAUACCGUACCACCGGUCAUGGUUCAGAUACAAGAAUUGCUUCGAGGUGUCAAGGGUGCUGUGUCUCUAGCUCAGGGUGUUGUGUACUGGCAACCACCCCGGCCCGCUUUAGAGAAGGUGCAAAAACUUGUAUGGGAGCCUUCAGUUAGUCGUUACGGUGCAGAUGAAGGUCUUCCUGAGCUUAGGGAGGCAUUGACUAAAAAGUUGCGUGAAGAAAAUAAUAUAUGCAAAUCUUCAGUGAUGGUUACUGCUGGCGCGAAUCAGGCGUUUGUGAAUAUUGUUCUCACUCUGUGUGAUGCUGGGGAUUCGGUUGUAAUGUUCGCACCGUACUACUUCAAUGCGUACAUGUCGUUCCAGAUGACAGGUGUCACUAACAUUCUUGUGGGUCCCGGUGAUCCAGAUACGCUUCAUCCGGAUACAGAUUGGCUAGAAAAAACUUUGCGGGAAACCAAGCCAACACCAAAACUUGUUACGGUCGUUAAUCCUGGAAACCCGUCUGGAACUUACAUCCCGGAACCCCUUCUGAAGAAAAUAUCAGAUAUCUGCAAAAAAGCUGGAUGCUGGCUUGUUGUAGAUAACACAUAUGAGUAUUUUAUGUAUGACGGUUUGAAGCAUUCUUGUAUUGAGGGAAAUCACAUUGUCAACCUUUUCUCCUUCUCUAAAGCUUAUGGAAUGAUGGGUUGGCGAGUUGGAUAUAUAGCAUUUCCUACAGAAGUUGAGGGUUUUGCUGCACAAUUACUUAAAGUCCAAGACAACAUACCGAUAUGUGCGUCAAUAAUCUCACAAAAACUAGCCCUUCACUCGAUGGAAGUGGGGUCAAAAUGGGUCACGGAUCAGGUCAAAGAUCUGGUCAAGAACCGCCAACUUCUCGUUGAUGCAUUAUCACCGUUAGGUGAGGGUGCGGUCAAGGGCGGAGAAGGGGCCAUUUACUUGUGGGCCAAGUUACCCGAGAGGUUUACUGACGACUUUGAAGUGGUUCGUUGGCUCGCUAACAAGCAUGGCGUGGUUAUAAUCCCGGGAAGCUCUUCUGGCUGCCCGGGUCAUGUUAGGAUCUCGUUUGGUGGUCUGGUGGAGAGUGAAUGUCGGGUUGCGUCUGAGAGGUUGAAGAAAGGGUUGGAAGAGUUGGUCAAAGACGGGAUGGUUUGACUUUGAUAUCUAGUGAUGUUCAAAAUGUUGUGGUUGGAUACUGAAACUUAAAAUUUGCAAAAAGGUUGAAUUUUUACAAUAAUUGAAAACUUUUUGAUGAUAUUAAAGGUCUCUUUAUUUUUCCCUUU